GUGUCUACCACGUGCCAGGGACUGCGCAAGGGGCAGGGGAUUCAGAAAUAAAUCCCGCUUGGUCUUACAGGCAAGGCAAAGGAACUGAGCAAGGAGGGGAAGGAAAAAAGGAAGAAAACAAAACACAACCCGGACCUCCUCAAUAUGGCGGCCGUGAUGGCCGAGCCUGACCUCCUCAUCAUGGAGGGCCGAUCGCCUGGCUCCGACCAUCUCAACAUGGCGGUCUCAGUGACCUUCCCAUCAUGGCGUAGAGCCCCGCCCGCUCUGCCGCGGCCGCGGGCGGGAGCAGUUCCGGGUACAGUUCGCGCCGGGGGUGGGUGGGGGGCGGCGUCCUGGCCAUGGCCGGCCUGUCGGACCUGGAGCUGCGGCGGGAGCUGCAGGCCCUGGGCUUCCAGCCAGGACCCAUCACCGAUACCACCCGGAACGUCUACCGCAACAAGCUGCGCCGCCUGCGGGGAGAAGUCCGGCAGCGGGAGGCGGCCCGGCCACGGGGCGAGGAGCGGCUGCGGGAGGAGGCCCGGCUGCGCGAGGAGGCUCCGCUGCGCGCCCGGCCUGCCGCGGCCUCUGUGCGGGCGGAGCCCUGGCUCUCCCCGCCGGCCUCGAGCUCGGCCUACGCGACCUCUGGGGCCUACGGCGAUCUCGGGGCCUACAGCGAUCUCGCGGCCUCCGCGGCUUCCUGGUCCGGGAGCCGCGGCCUCGCCUACCCCGCCCGCCCUGCGCCGCUCAGGCGCCGCGCCUCGGUCCGGGGCAGCUCCGAGGAGGACGAGGACGCCCGACCACUCAACAGGGCCACGCCGAGUCUCGGGGCCCGUCGCUGGUGGGCCGCGUCCCCGGCGCGGCUGCCCUCCGCCCUCCAUGGCCCCGACCAGCGCCCUGGCCUGCGGGCGACGCGAGCGGGCCCAGCGGGCACAACGCGGGCCCGGCCCGAGGUGGGGCGGCGGCUGGAGCGCUACCUGUCCCGGUUCUUGCUCUGCGCUAGCCUGGGGCUGCUGCUCGUCUUCCUGGGCAUCCUCUGGGUGAAAAUGGGCAAGCCCUCGGAGCCGCAAGAGGCGGAGGACAACAUGAAAUUAUUGCCAGUGGACUGUGAGAAAAAAACAGAUGAGUUCUGUCAGGCCCAGCAGAAGGCGGCCUUGCUGGAGAUGCUGCACGAACUGUACAACUACCUGGCCAUCCAAGCCGGUAAUUUUGAAUGUGGAAAUCCAGAGAAGCUCAAAAGCAAAUGCAUUCCUGUAACUGAAGCCCAGGAAUAUUUAGCCAAUGUGACCGGCAGCUCCUCUGCCAAGUUUGAAGCUGCACUGACCUGGAUACUGAGCAGUAACAAGGACGUGGGCAUCUGGUUGAAAGGGGAAGACCCGUUGGAAUUGGUGACAGCCGUGGACAAGGUGGUCUGCUUAGAAUCCGCCCGCCCCCGAAUGGGUGUGAGCUGCCGCCUGAGCCGUGCCCUCCUCACCGCCGUCACCCAUGUGCUCAUCUUCUUCUGGUGCUUGGCCUUUUUGUGGGGGCUCCUGAUCCUCCUGAAAUAUCGGUGGCGCAAGCUGGAAGAGGAGGAGCAGGCCAUGUAUGAGAUGGUGAAGAAGAUCAUAGAUGUGGUCCAGGACCAUUACGUGGACUGGGAGCAGGACAUGGAGCGCUACCCCUACGUGGGCAUCCUGCACGUGCGCGAUACCCUCAUCCCUCCGCAGAGCCGGAGACGCAUGAAGCGGGUCUGGGACCGGGCCGUGGAGUUCCUGGCCUCCAACGAAUCCCGGAUCCAGACGGAGUCCCACCGCGUGGCUGGAGAAGAUAUGCUGGUGUGGAGAUGGACUAAGCCCUCUUCCUUCUCCGACUCUGAGCGAUAAAACCCCUGCAGGGGCCUGUUCCCGGUCAGCCAGUCCCCUCGGGGGCUCGAGAGGGCCACCAGACCUGUGACCUGCUGGUGCUGAGUUCACACUUGCCUUGACUUUCACCUCCUGACCCUGGUUCCAAAGGUCUCUCUAAGACUCUUGAGAGAUUAGCUCAGUAGGGAAGUGUGAGCUCUCUUGAAGGGCGAGGAGAGAAGCCAGAGGCCAGGUGCGUAGCUUGUCCUCUGCAUUGGUCUAAUCCUCUCUGCCCUGUUUUACUGGCAGAAAAGGGGAGAAGGGUUUGUUUUUCAUGAAUAGAAACGAUAAAAGGGCAGCCGCUGUGAGACCCUGCAGAGCAAGUGUGGGUUGGGUGGGCUGGAGCUGUCCACUCCAGUGAACACUCGGCUCCUGUGGAAGGUGGCAUCGUGCCUGUGGGAGGUGGGCGGGGCAGCGGGUCGGGAGCAGCUUGUCCAUGUGCCUUCAGGGGGUGUUACCUGGGAGCUCUAAGGUGAGGGGAGAAAGCCUGUCCUCCAACUGGAUGGGGUCUCUUUAAUCCUAAAGGGGGGAGAUGCUAGAAA